AGCAUGUCGAUAGUUUUCAUUGUGGGUGCAGUGAGUUAACAGAUGAGCACUAAUCGGGAUUACCCAAAAUACAACAUAAACAAAAAUCUACAGCAUUACCAAGAGAAACUAGACAACAGAAAAAGAAGAAAUACGAGGACUGGCUGCUUGACAUGGAUUGUCCAGACAUCUGCCAUACAGUACUUUUCAAGAGGACUUAAGAGUGAUACUUUUUUUAUUCAAUUAGAUGAUUUUAAACACAUUAGAUAUAUCUUCUUUAAAUUAGGAAUUGGAAUCGGUUCUGAAUCGGAUCACUACAUCAUUUUUAAUUUUUUUUUUUUUUUACGAAAACCAAACAAAAGUGGAAUGUGAUCGCACGUAUUGGAUGUAUAUUGGAUUUAUAAAGGUGAAUUAGACACCGCGUCUGGACGACAUUAUAAAAGUAAAAUAUGGGGAAUAUUGAGAGUGUGGACGGGCAAUCUGAGAUGAAGCAUCAUUUAAUGCCAAUGAAAGUUCCCAUGCCUGAGCCAACAGAGCUGGAAGAAAGAUUUGCCAUUGUUUUGAACUCUAUGAACCUGCCUCCAGAUAAAGCACGUCUCCUCCGGCAGUACGAUAAUGAGAAGAAGUGGGACCUCAUCUGUGACCAGGAGCGUUUCCAAGUGAAGAAUCCUCCACAUACAUACAUCCAGAAACUACGUGGAUAUUUAGACCCAAAAGUCACACGCAAGAAAUUCCGCAGGAGGGUUCAGGAAUCCACCAAAGUCCUGCGAGAGCUGGAGAUAUCGCUGAGAACCAAUCACAUAGGGUGGGUUCGUGAGUUCCUCAAUGAUGAGAACAGAGGCCUGGACAUCCUGGUGGAGUAUCUCUCCUUCGCCCAGUGUGCCGUCAUGUUGAAUUUUGAAGGGCUGGAGAAUGGUGAGGACUUUUCGCUGGACAAGGCUAAGUCCUGGAGCAGGUCCAUUGAGGAUCUGCACCAGAACGGUUGUAAUACACUGGUGCGCUCUGCUCGACAAUCCGUCCUCCGUUAUGGCUCAGCUGCCAACAGCAAGACCAUCAAGAACUCCAGACUAGUCAGUCAAAAGGAUGAUGUGCAUGUGUGCAUCAUGUGCCUCCGAGCAAUCAUGAACUAUCAGUAUGGCUUCAACCUCGUCAUGUCUCACGCGCAUGCAGUCAACGAGAUCGCCCUAAGUUUGAACAAUAAGAACCCAAGAACAAAGGCGCUGGUCCUGGAGCUGCUGGCUGCCGUGUGUUUGGUGCGAGGAGGCCAUGAAAUCAUCCUCUCAGCGUUUGAUAACUUCAAAGAGGUAUGUAAGGAGAAGCACCGCUUUGAGAAGCUGAUGGAGUAUUUCCGUAGUGAAGAUGGGAACAUUGACUUCAUGGUGGCUUGUAUGCAGUUCAUCAACAUUGUGGUCCAUUCGGUGGAGGACAUGAACUUCCGUGUACAUCUGCAAUAUGAGUUCACUAAGCUGGGGCUUGAUGACUUCCUGGAGAAAUCCAAGCACACGGAGAGUGAUAAGUUGUCGGUGCAGAUCCAGGCUUACCUGGAUAAUGUGUUCGAUGUUGGAGGUCUGUUGGAGGACGCUGAAACAAAGAAUGUGGCCCUGGAGAAAGUGGAGGAGCUGGAAGAACAUUUGUCACAUGUGAACGAGAAGCUUCAAGAUGUUGAAAAUGAGACCAUGAUGAAGGUAGCAGACCUGGAGAAACAGCUGUUACACAAAGACAAGGAACUGACAGCCAUAAAGGAGACGUAUGAGUCCACCAGCUCACAGGUGCACACACUGCGGCGAAUGAUUCAGGAGAAGGAUGCUGCCUUCCAGAGGCACAACAACAUCAAGAAGCAAUUGCUGGAGCUGGAGCAGCAGGGCACCAUCCGUUUACGCAAGCAGCCUGAUGGGGAUAUUGCUAUUGAGGCUCUGGGUGGAGGAGGACUUGUUGGUGGAGCAUUGGCUGGAGCAUCUCUGGGAGACCUGGGCUUACUUACUGCAAGCAUGAGUGGGAGUGGAGGUCAGGGUGUCACUUCACCUGCUCCUAUUGAAGCUGUUGCUCCACCUCCACCGCCGCCACCACCUCCACCUGCCCCGCCACUCCCUUCAGAAGUUGAGUGUGUUCCUAUUCCUCCUCCACCUCCUCCUCCACCACUGCCAGGAACAUCACCAUCAGUCAUCCUUAGUGUUGGCUUAUCAGCCAUACGCAUCAAGAAACCCAUAAAAACCAAGUUCCGCCUUCCUGUCUUCAACUGGACUGCACUGAAACCCAACCAGAUCAACGGCACCGUCUUCAACGAGAUUGAUGAUGAGCGUGUGCUUGAGGAGUUGGAUCUGGAGAAGUUUGAGGAGCUGUUCAAGACGAAAGCCCAGGGUCCUGUGGUGGAUCUGUUGAGCUCAAAGAGCAAGGUUCCCCACAAGCCUGUUAACAAAGUGCAGCUGCUUGAUGCCAAUCGCUCAAAGAACUUGGCCAUCACUCUGCGCAAGGCCAACAAGACCUCAGAGGAGAUUUGCAAAGCCAUUCAAACGUUUGAUCUGAAAGCCCUGCCAGUGGACUUUGUGGAAUGCCUGAUGCGGUUUCUGCCCACGGAGGCUGAGAGUAAACUGCUGCGUCAGUACGAGCGCGAGAGGAGACCUCUGGACCAACUCGCUGAGGAAGACCGCUUCAUGCUCCUGUUCAGCAAGAUUGAGCGGCUUACUCAGAGAAUGAGCAUCAUCACGUUUGUGGGCAACUUCAAUGAUAACGUCAACAUGCUGACCCCGCAACUCAACGCCAUCAUCGCCGCAUCCGCGUCAGUGAAGUCUUCUCCAAAGCUAAAGAAGAUUCUUGAAAUCAUUCUGGCCGUGGGCAACUACAUGAACAGUAGUAAAAGGGGCUCGGUGUAUGGUUUCAAACUUCAGAGUCUGGAUCUGCUGCUAGAUACUAAGUCUACUGACCGGAAGAUGACGCUGCUUCACUACAUUGCUCUGGUCGUCAAAGAGAAGUAUCCCGAAUUGACUACCUACUACAAUGAACUGCACUUUGUGGAUAAGGCUGCGGCAGUCUCCCUGGAGAACGUGUUGUUGGAUGUUAAGGAGCUGGGUAAGGGCAUGGAUCUGGUCAGGAGAGAAUGCAGUCAGCACGACCACGCUGUACUCAAGGGCUUCCUCCAGACCAGCGAUACACAGCUGGACAAACUACAGAAAGACGCCAAGACUGCCGAGGAGGCCUUCAACAAUGUGGUGCUUUACUUUGGGGAGAGUCCUAAGACCACGCCGCCCUCUGUGUUCUUCCCAGUGUUUGUACGGUUCAUCAGAGCCUACAAGGAGGCCGUGGAGGAAAACGAACAGAGGAAGAAGCAAGAGGAGGCCAUGAGAGAAAAACUACUGGCACAGGAGGCCAAACAGCAUGACCCAAAGGUCCAGGCUCAAAAGAAGCGCCAGCAGCAGCAGGAAAUGAUCGCAGAGCUCCGGCGUAGACAGGCCAAGGACCACCGGCCUGUAUAUGAGGGCAAAGAUGGCACCAUCGAAGACAUUAUCACAGUGCUGAAGAGUGUACCCUUCACAGCCCGCACGGCCAAACGGGGCUCUCGCUUCUUCUGCGAUACCAACCUCUUCGACGAGUCCAUCUGCUAGCCCCCCAAACCCCCCUCCCAAAAAAAAAUGCCCCUAAUGCCGCAGAUCUCCGAAGCCAGCCCUUCCUGCGAGCUGACGCUGUGAUCCGGAAUGGGUGGAAGAGACCCUAAAGACCCCUAACUCACUCACCCUCUGCUACUCUCCCCCCACUUUCUUCUGAAAUGGUAUCAUCCUGCAAUUCACAGUGACUGAGGGAAGUGCGGACCAAACCAGUCUUUGGUUUUAAGGGGGUGGGGAAGUUGAUAUUUAUUUAUGGAAAUCCUUUUUCUGCACUGGAGGCUCUUUCGAUAAAGCCGUAAAAGCACAGACAUUAAGGGCUGCCUCAUGAACGCUCGCGCACGCAAAUCUGAGGAGUGUCUGUAAAAGCUUGCGUUGGCACAGGAAAAAUGCUUGUUGUGGUUGACACACAGACAGCAGUAACACUAGCCUGCUGACCCUGAAGAGACAUCCAACGGGAUCUCACGCCCAUUAACGUGGAUUUCCUUUUACUGUGCAAUGUAAGCAUUACUUUCUGAGGUCACUGACUUUCAGGCCAGAGCCUGUUUUGUACAUCUCUUUAUUAACUAUGAACUCAAAUUAUUUGUUAAUCCUAUUCAACUACCUGGAACAGGCUAGUCUGUCUCCAGUAUUUUAAACCAGGCUAGUACUAUGGUUUGAAGAAGUGCCUUUCUUUUGAGUCAGUAUUAUGUCUUAUAGCCAAUAUUGAUGUAUCUCAGUUUAUACUUGUGUUACUUAAUCAUUAUGUGAUAUGUAAAUAUAUUCAUAUAUCCAAAAACGCAUUGCAACUUUAACAAAAGAGCCAGAACAAGUGCUCUAUUUGACUGACCAUGUGCCUUGUUUUGAUGGUGCCUUCAUGACCCAGCUUUCUAAAUGUCUAAAAAACAUUGUAUCAAAACAAAGAGUACAUAUGUUUAUGCCAUGCAGUGAAACUUCUCAGAGAAUAAUGCUCCGGUUUAUUCUUUACCCCACAGAUUUAUGUUGUAUAUAAAUGCAUUUUAAAAGAAUAUCCGAUGGGAAGCACUCCAGGAUUGUAAAGAUAUCAAUCUUUUGGGUGUGCAGUUUGUACUUGUUCACUCUAAACCAGUUGCCCAAGUUAGUGAAAUGAAGGACAGUCGACAUGGUUUGUGAGAAUUAAUUCAUUUGGCUUAAACCAACAAUUACGUUUUAUAAAAUGGAUUUUAUUAUAUAAUAUGGCCCUAAUCUAAUAAUUAUUCUCUUUGCACUAUCAUUGAAUAAGAGCCGAUUAUCCAACCAGCGACUUGAACUGAAGUGUCCGUUUUAUCAAUAAAAAUAAAAAAGGGACAUAUUACCAUAAGAUUCGAGCUCAAGAGAAGUGUCGAUGUAAAUUAAACACUAACAGUUUUUGUAUGUUCUUGGGAGUUAGUCCUUAGUCUGAUCUUUUUAUAUAUAUUUUGUCGGAUAUAAACUAAAUCAAGCCAUUUGGGAGAAAACACAAAGAACAAGAUGAAUGUACCAUAUUGAAAAAGUUAUUUGGUUGAAAUGGACCAGUGAAUGCAGAAGUUAACUGGAUAUUCUGUCGGAAUUUGCAAAUAAAAAUAUUUGAGACUCAA